CCCUCGUUCGUUCGAUUUACAGCAUAAUUUUUUCGUUGUUCCAUUUCCCGUUUCCGUGCCACGACCGACCAGGACCAUGUGUCAACAGUGUGUUUCAACUCCUCCAGCAAUCGUGCCUGGCCUGGCCGGGCAUAGCUUAUUAGAAUUAAAAGAUUGCUGGAAAAAAUUACAGCAACAAAAAUGUUGGCCCACAAAAGGGACGAUGGAAACUCGUCUCCUGCAGCAAACCCAUAGAGUUCAAGUCGGCUCAGGCAGUUCAACUUGGGAUAUCGAGUGGUAAAGUCGUUGACGGGAAGAGGUGGUGGUGUCGUGAGUACUCUGGAACGAUAUCGGACGCGUGUAGUGUUUCGCGCGUUGCCAACCAACAGCUGACUGGCAGCUUUAACGUUCGUAGAUUCAGCGCGAAGAGUUAUCAGUAAUCCUCACAAAAAAAUUAUAGAAAGAAGAAUUGGUUCAGUUAAAAAAAAACUCAGAUAAAGUAAAAAUGAUACCACCAUCCUCCCCACCGUCCUUCACUCCAACUCUUCACUCAACACUGCCACCGGAGAUGUCAUUCCGCUACGAUUCGAGACCCGAGCCAGUGUUCCCUGCAACCGGCUCCACCAGCCACAUGUCAGCGGCCCCGUUGGCCUACCAGAUGUACGAGCGGUUGCGCCGGAUGUGCGACGAACGCAAAUUGAAUCUCGCCGAGGAGGACGUUUUAAUCAGCGCUUAUCUGGGACCCAACUUGGUCUAUCGGACCGCAGCAGCCAAGUCGGUGGACCACGACACGACGAAUGUCCCCGUUUACGGACCGCUGCACGUCCAAACGGAUGCUUUGACACUGUAGGACUGUGCCAUCGGGCGGAAGUAGGUACAGUAAUUAGCGGAAGGGACGAGAUGUGCCUCGAUUCAGCGACAAAUUGGCAAUUGUGGCUUUGAGGGUUUCCUUGAGUGAUGGGCUUAUUGCUUCGAUCAACCACGAGAUUUUUCAGAUUAAGGUUAAUUUUUACGUUUAAUUGUCUUGAAGAUUUCAUUCUUUGUGUCACGUUUUCUUUCAAAAAAUAUUAUUGAAAUGAUAUUAUUAUUUAACUAUAAGUUUGUCCACUAAUUAUCUAGUCAAACAUAACAUGAUGCGGUGGGCGAAAUUAAAGGUACAUUGGCAAGCAUAUUAGAUGCAUUUAAGUUAACUAGGAGUCUUUGUAAUGAAAUAGAAAUACC